AUGUUCCGCGGUGGCAGUAAAAGCCGCUCCAAAACCUCAAAGCCGCCGGAAAAGAAGGCGGCCAAAGUCGCGGCAACAAUUCCUGAGAAUGGAAUCGCAACACCGACUGUCAACUACCGAACCCAUCAUUUUGUUUUCGUUUUUUCAAGUUUUGAAGGUGAGUAUUGGUUUAAAAUGUCAUAAAAAUGAUUUGAUUUGUCCAGUUUUAGAAAAGGUGACAUGUUAUACGACGAAACAUGCCUUACACUCAGAACGCGUUUCAUCGUAUAAAAUGUCACUUUUUAAAAUUUUUUAAAAAUUUUGCUUUGAAAUGUUUUUUUUUAUCUUAUUUUUUGAUUUUUUAAGAACAGUGACAUUUUAUACGAUGAAAAAUGUCUAAAGCAAAAACACAUUUCAUCGUAUAAAAUGUCACUGAUUUUUAAAAUUCAAAUUUUUGAGUUUAAAAAUCAUUUUCAAAAUCCAUUUUUAGAAUUCACAUUAGAAUUUGACGUGAUAAGAGCAGUGAUGAAUGAUAUGCAACAAUACCUAUUCGACUAUGACAUGGACAUUGAAUGCUCUACCUUUAUAUCAGAAAGCCCUACCCAUAUGGCCGAGUUUGUGCAUCUUAUGGAGCUGGUCAAAAGUCCACAGACUACUGUUGUUGUAGGUUUUUAAAUUUUUUUUAAUUAGGGUGGUGUAAGCCUAAUAAGUCUAACUAAAGCUUGGCUGGGCUGAGAUAGGCUGGGCUGGACGGGCUAAGUCUAGUACUAGGGUUCAAGCCUCAAGGCGCAGGUCUUGGUGUCGCAGGGCUGGGCUUGCUUUGGCUUGGCUGCGCUCACAUAGGCUGGACUAGCUAAGUCUAGGGGUUAGGGCUCUGGGCUAGGGCUAGGGCUAGGGCUAGGGCUAGGGCUAAGGCUCUGGCUAGGGCUAGGGCUAGGGCUAGGGCUAGGGCUAGGGCUAGGGCUAGGGCUAGGGCUAGGGCUAGGGCUCUGGCUAGGGCUGGUAAGCUACUAAAUGUACAUUAUUGUAGGGUUUUAUUGGUGACAAGUAUGGACCACCUCAAAUUCCAUUGAAAAUCGACCAUGUUGAAUUUGGUUGUCUACGGGCUACAGCUGUGGAAAUCUCUCAAGGUAUCGUUUUUUAUUCAAUUCUUUUGCAAAAUUAAAAUUUUUUACCCAAAAAACGAACUUUUGGAUCAUUUUAAAAAAUUUUAAGAGUAAAGUUUUGACACUUUUAAGAAAUGAAAGUGGUGUGGAAGAUUUGUAAUGUAUUUUACACUAAAAAUCUUCCACCGAACUUCCAUUUUAAAGAAGGCUCAAAAUGGCCUAAAAAUGACUUUUUGGCACUUUUUGGGCGUAGAAUUUUUGUGGAAGAUUUGUAAUGUAUAUUGCACUGAAAAUCUUCCACCAAAUUACCACUUCUCAAAAGUGUCAAAAACGUGUUUUUAGGUCAUUUUAAGACAUUUUAAAAAUAAAAGUUGAGUGGAAGAUUUUCAGUGCAAAACUUUCACUUUUUAAAACUUAAAAAAUAGGAUUUUUAUGCCAUUUUAAGACAUUUUAGGUAUUUUUAAACUGAAAACAUGCGUUAUUUUACAUUUUUCUAACCUUUUGAGACUUUUAUACCUAUUUAUACCUCUCUUCAGACGCCAAACUCCUAGAACAAUGUUACAUUCAAACCCAGCAAAACGGCCCAUUUUACUUGAAUACUCGAAAAUCGACCGAUGAAAUGAAAAAAUUGACCACACUGAUAAGAAAAGCGACUUUACGAGCGUUAGAAGAUGGCACAUUGGUCUCGGCCAAUGGGGAAAAGUCAAUGGGACUUCAAUUUCAAACCAGUUUUGUGGAGAAAGUGGCCCAGAAGCUAAUGGAACAGCCUCUAAAACACCUGCUGGUACUACGGAAGUUCAAAGGUUGGUACUGUUUUUUGAUUUUGGUGGUUGUGAGAAAGUUCUUGCCAUUUUGUGUCUUGUAAAGAAAGUUCUUGCCAUUUUUUGUUUUGUAAAGAAAGUUCUUGCCAUUUUUUGUUUUGUAAAGAAAGUUCUUGCCAUUUUUUGUUUUUUAAAAAAAGUUCUUUCAACAUUUUGCUUUGUAAAGAAAGUUUUUGCAAUUUUUUAUUUUGUAAAGGAAGUUCUUGCAAUUUUUUAUUUUGUAAAGAAAGUUCUUGCCAUUUUUUGUUUUGUAAAGAAAGUUCUUGCCAUUUUUUGUUUUGUAAAGAAAGUUCUUGCCAUUUUUUGUUUUUUAAAAAAAGUUCUUUCAACAUUUUGCUUUGUAAAGAAAGUUCUUGCCAUUUUUUGUUUUUUAAAAAAAGUUCUUUCAACAUUUUGCUUUGUAAAGAAAGUUCUUGCAAUUUUUUAUUUUGUAAAGAAAGUUCUUGCAAUUUUUUAUUUUGUAUAGAAAGUUCUUGCUUCUUUUUCAUCGACGAAAAGCAACCCAUUUCGCCCCCUUUCCCUCUCUCUCUACCGCUCUUUUCUCUCUCGUCCAAUCGUCAAACCCAGUCGAAAACUAAGUGCCAAAUCUAACCUAACCCUCUGCCUUGCCAUUUGGAGUAUCGCUUCUCGGCCUUUUGGCUAAGAUCAAAGUGUAGUAUCUGUUCUUAUCGGUUUAAUCUCCGGUACGACUUCUAUUGAAGUCAUUCGAGAUUAACAGAUUUUUGGGACCAGCUGAGUUGCGAAGGCUUGCCUUCCGCUCGGCAAGGGUCGGCCCGGUCUUGCACCUACUUCCGGGAACGGCCCAUAUAUUUUUGUUCUUACUGUACUACGAAGGGUGCGUUGUACUACUACUGGUACUCAAAAGCCUCUUUCUUAAAAAAUGGCAAGAACUUUCUUUACAAAACAAUUAAUGGCAAGAACUUUCUUUACAAAACAAAAAAUUGCAAAAACUUUCUUUCCAACUCUAUAUAUGAAUUUUUUUACAGAUGUUGAAGCCAAAUCAGAGGACUGUAUCUGGAAGGACUUUGAUGCAAAUCGAUUUGAAAAAGUGGCCGCCUUGAAGAAUAAAAUUUCGGAAAAAAUGCCAAAAGAAGCCUACAUAUCACACGUCUUGAAUACCAAAAAUAUGGAUCCAAGCAGGUGGUUGACUGGAAAAGAUGCUGGGAUUUACGAACGACAACUCACUAUGGAUGUAGGUUUGGCUUUUAGACAAUUUUGGGUGAUUUGAAAAAUGGAAGUUGAGUGGAAGACCUGUAAUUUAUUUCACAUUGAAAAUUUUCCACUCAACUUCCAAUUUUAAAAAGUCUUAAAAAGGCUUAAAACAACGUUUUUGACACUUUUUAGAAGUGGAAGUUGGGUGGAAGAUUUUCAGUGCAAAAUACAUUACAAAUCUUCCACCAAACUUCCACUUCUAAAAAUUUUUAAAACCGUGUUUUUAGGCCAUUUUAAGAGUUUUUGAAAGUGGAAGGUUAGUGGAAGAUUUUUAGUGCAAAAUACAUUACAAAUCUUCCACCAAACUUCUACUUUUAAAAUUGCUCAAUUAUGGCUGUUUUUUCAUUUUUAAACAAAAUUUUUGAUUUUUUGGGUUUAAAAUAGUAAAAUACGUGCUGCUCUUUACUGUCAGUUAUUUUUAUCUGGUUAUUAGGUGCCGACAUAAAGAACCCGCCAUUUUUAACAGGCAAUUACAGAAAAAGUAUGGCGGGUUCUUUAUGUCGGCACCUAAUAAAAUUAAAUUUUUUUAAAUUUUGUGCCAUUUUAGCUAAUAACAUCCCUAAAAAAGCAUGUCACAGUGUUGCCAAGAGUAAAUACAAAUGUUUUAUCGACCGACCAGGACCAAGCGACACGGGACCAUCAGGUCCACUUGGACUACUUAAAAGAAGUGGCAGGACAAGUCUGGGUGUCGAGAAAAGAUGACGUGGAUGACAGAAUAAGUGAAGUUAUUAAGAAAGGAAUGGAAAAACCGCAUUGUGUCCUAUUUCAUGGCCCACCUGGCUCAGGAAAGUCGGCUACUAUAGCCAGGUUUUACAAUUUACUGAAGAGUGAAGCUUGCUAUGUCAUACCACGGUUCACUCAGUUAACGGAUUGCUCAAUGUAUGCGAAUGAGCUGUUGAAGGGAAUAUUUUUGACUGUGAGUUCAGUUUUUUUAACUGUAAUUUAAAUUUCUUUUUAUUUUUGAUUUUUUGGAGACAUGUUAUACGAUGAGAUGUGUAUGUGUCAUAAGUAUGUACAUGUUUCAUCGUAUAAGAUCUCAAUUCUUUAUUUUUUAAAGUUAAAUUUAAGAAAAAUGACAAAAAUAUGCCUAAAAAUAUGGUUUAUUCUAGUUUUUUUUUAUUUUUGACUUUUUUGGAGACAAGUUAUACAAUGAAAUGUGUACGUAUGGACAUGUUUAAUCGUAUAAGAUGCCGCUUUCUAAACAUUUUGGUUUAAAAAUGAAUUGAACUAAAGGAAUAUAGGCUUGAUAAAUUUAAAAUUAAGGUGUUUUUAAUUUUUGAAUUAGCGGGGGACAAGUUAUACGGUGAACUGUGUAUGGGCAUGUUUUAUCGUAUAAGGUGUCAUUUCUUUAAAAGUUUAAAGUUGAAAUUAAGAAAAACGAAGAAAUUAUGCCUAAUUAUAUGAAUUAUUUUUGUUUUUUUAAAAAUAUUUUUGAUUUUUUGGAGACAAGGUGAAGUGUGUACGGACAUGUUUUAACGUAUAUAUAACAUGUCGUUUUGAAAAGUUUUUAAAAUUGUUAUUUAACAAAUGUAAAAUACGCGUCGUUUUCGUAUAGUGUUAUAAAUUUUUACAUUUUAAAUUUUGGGAGACAAGUUAUACGGCGGAAUGUGUUGGGACAAAGUUUAUCGUAUAACAUGUCAUUUAAUUUUUUGGAAGUUUUUUAAACAUAGAUUUAAAAACGUCUUAAAAUUGAAAAUUCAAUUUUUAAAAAUUUUGUAUUUUCAGUUAUGUGAAGCAGCCAAAGUCGACGCCACCCCCAUGAACGCUUCAUUUACCCUGCCCAUGAUCCUCUCUCAGGCCAUGUUGAUAUUGGAGAAGGUGGACAAGCCCGUCUUCAUCUUGCUUGACAAUGCCAAUCAUCUGAAGUUUGGUCGAAGCCUGAGUGAGGCCGAGAAGCCUUUGGCCAAGUUGUUACCUAAAACUAGUAUAAUAUAUACUGGCAAUGUGGCUGAUCUUCAGAUCAGUUGCUUCCCAAUGGCUGAUGAAGUGGUACCGUUGGGACUGAUUCAAGGCGAAGUUUGUUUGGAGAUCUUGAAAAAUGAAAUGAAUGCGGCUUAUGGAUGCUUGGACAAUGUUGGGAUGGUACAACAAAUGGUAGGUUAAUGGUACUGUUGGUGGGGUAGGGUAGGGUAAAGUGAGUGGCUUGGCCAAACAGCACAAAAUUAUUUUUCAAUUUGAAAAAAGACGUAAAAUUUACUAAGCUUAGACCUAUUAAGCCUAAGCCUACUAAACCUAAGCCUAUUAAGCUUAAGCCUAUUAAGCCUAAGCCUGCUAAACCUAAGCCUACUAAGCCUAAUAAGCUUAAAUCUACUAAGCCUAAGCCUACUAAGCCUAAGCCUACUAAGCCUAAGCCUACUAAGCCUAAGCCUACUAAGCCUAAGCCUACUAAGCCUACUAAGCCUACUAAGCCUAAGCCUACUAAGCCUAAGCCUACUAAGCCUAAGCCUACUAAGCCUAAGCCUACUAAGAAUAAGGCUACUAAGCCUAAGCCUACUAAACCUAAGCAUACUCAGCCUAAGCCUACUAAGCCUAAGCCUACUAAGCCUAAGCCUACUAAGCCUAAGCCUACUAAGCCUAAGCCUAUUAAGCCUAAGCCUACUAAGCCUAUGCCUACUACGUUUGAAACUACUAGGCCUAAGCCCAUUGAGACUAAGUCUAAUGAGCCUGCUAAGCCUAAGGUAGUAAGCCCAAGACUAGCUUAUAAAGACUGCGACCUAUCUCAUAAUACCCGCCUCUGACAAACUUUGCCCUGCCUUUGCUGAUCCAUUAAAGUUAUUUUGUCCCACUCCUUUCCUUCACCUCUCCGACUCUUACUCUCUACGCAUGGCUUUGCUCCUAGCUGGCAAAACGUCCGAAAAAAAUAAAAAAAUUUUGCGAUAUUACCUAAUUUUAUGAUAUAAUAUUAAGAUGGCCUUAGGGAAAUUGCAAGAAAUUAUAUUGCGCAACUUUUUCUUAUGCAAUUUUAUGGUUUUAUAUAAUAUUUGCCUCGAUGUAAAACGACCCAACAAAUUACUGCGAGUACGGCAGUUUUACUCUAUUUUACUUCGAGAUGGCGUUAUUUACCGGUAGGCGUCUUACAUAAUGUGAAUGUGAUAAGACAUUUUUUUAACAUGCAGUAGGACAGUUAAAGCAUGGACCUAGAUUAGAGCUAUAGUAUAAAAAUUAAGCUAUAGACCUUUAGUACCUAAAUAAAGGGUUAGGUUAGGUUUGGCACAUGUUUUUCGAUUGGGUUUGAGAGUGGGGCGAGAGAGAAGAGAGCGGUAGAGAGAGAGAGGGAAAGGGAGCGAAAGAGUUUGCUUUUCGUCGAUGAAGAAAAUAGUUUUCAUCAACUACCGAUGGUGAAAAAGGUUGAAAGUAAUAUUUUUAUUUAAAAAUGGCAAGAACUUUCUUUACAAAACAAAAAAUGUGAGGCAAUAAUUUUAUUUGCAGGCUGUUGUUAUUAAUAAAAAUUUAAAAACGAUUAAUUUUUAGCUUUUUCGUAAAUGGAAGUUGAGUGGAAUAUUUGUAAUGUAUUUCGCAUUGAAAAUCUUCCACUCAACUUCCAUUUUCAAAAUGUCUUAAAAUGGCCUAAAAAUGAGUUUUUAGCACUUUUUAGAAGUGGAAGUUUGAUGGAAGAUUUUCAGCGCAAAUACAUUAUAAAUCUUCCACUCAGCUUCCACUAUUUACCUUUAUCAAAAUCGAUACGUGUUUUUACGCUAUUUUUAAAAGAUUUUGGAAUUGAAAGUUUGGUGGAAGGUUUUUUUGUGCAAAUUACGUUACAAAUCUUCCACUCAGCUUCCACUUUUUAUCUUUAUCAAAAUCGAUACUAUAAGUACUAUUUUUGCUUUAAAAUGCCAUUUUGAAACUAUUCCAGUACUAAUUCCGAUCUUUUCAGCACAAAUCCGACUCUCUUGACUUGACCUUGGGUCGAUUACAAGCUCGCGAGCUGAAAGAAGUUAGUCCGGUCUUUUUCAAAAAACUAGAACAAUAUUUGCAAAGACUGGAGGAACAGUACGAUGCCCAGACCGUUCGAAUCAUGUGUCAAAUGUUGGCCGUUUCGCCGUUUGGUCUGACUUUGGCCGAACUGGCCGAUGGCGUUCGAUUGGCCAAGUUUCAGAAUGGAGUUGUGACUAAAGCUCAACACUUGUUCUCACCCAUGCCUCAGAUGGUGUUUCGGAGGAUUGGUAAGUUGGUACAGAUUAUUUUUGGUCUUUUAAGGAUAAUAUUGGUUAUUUCUGACCACUUUUUAUCAUUUUAAAAUCGACUUUCUAACUUAUACGACUUUUCAAAAAAGUGGAAGUUGAGUGGAAGAUUUGUAAUGUAUUUUGCACUAAAAAUCUUCCACUCAACUUCCAUUUUAAAAAAAUUUUAAAAUUGCUUAAAAACACGUUUUUGAGCGUUUUUUGGGGGUGGAAGUUUGGUGGAACAUUUUCAAUGUAUUUUGCUCUGAAAAUCUUCCAUCAAAAUUCCACUUCCAAAAAGGGGCAGAAAGUCAUUUUUAGGCCAUUUUAAGACAUUUUGGAAAUGGGAGUUGAGUGGAAGAUUCUCAGUGCAAAAUACACUACAAAUCUUCCACUCAACUUCCACUUUUAAAAAAAUAGUUUUUGGUAGUUUUAAUGAAAAAUCUUGGCAUUUUGUAACUUGUGUAGGACCUUAUAGCUAUUUUGAUGUUAAAAUGUCAUUUUCAAGCUUUAGUUUUAUUAUAUUUUGUCAUUCCAGCUCAGUUAUGUGUUCCAAUCCAUAUCCAAGACCGCAUCGCCUACCGUAUUCGUCAUCCCAUCAACGCAGUAUUAAUUCGACAAAAGUAUAUGCAAACAGCGACGGAAUUGAUAAAGACGCAUGAAAUAAUGUCAGAACUCUUCAAAACCGGCCCAAACUUGGAGGUGGGAAGACCGAAUGCGCAGUCGGCUGGGGUCAUCAACUACCCUCCGGCUAUCACCAAGGACUCGAGGAGCUUGAGGAGGCUACGGUAUUCUUGGUACUAUUUGCUGCAUUCUGGUGAGUAGGGUAGGGUAGGGUAGGGUAGGGUGGGGUAGGGUAGGGUAGGGUAGGGUAGGGUAGGGUAGGGUAGGGUAGGGUAGUGUAGGGUAGGGUAGGGUAGGGUAGGGUAGGGUAGGGUAGGGUAGGGUAGGGUAGGGUAGGGUAGGUUAGGGUAGGGUAGGGUAGAGUAGGGCUGGAUGAGGUAGGGUAGGGUAUAGCAAAACUUUUAUUCGUUACAGUAUGUUAAAAUGCUAUGUGUGCCGUAUUUUACAUUACAUUUCACUCUCAAACUACCGUAUUCCAGCCAACAUUGACGAGCUGAAGACCGAAGCCCUGUGUGCAUUUGAAUAUAUUGAAGGCGUGUUUCAAUUUUUUGGACUAACCAGGCUUCUAACAAUAUUUGAGGAAUGCCUACAGCAAGUUUUGCACCAUGAUCUACUAGUACUAUUUGAACAAAUUUUGCUGCCAGCUAUACCUACAUUAAUACAUGAUGGAAGUCAAUUUGUUUCGGAAUUCAUCAAUCGACUGCGGUAUCGAAGAGGUAAUUUUUGAGUUUUUUAAAAUUUUUUUAGCGUUUUUUAUACAAUUUUGAUAUAGAAUAGGGUAUUUUGGCCUUAAAAACAAAAAUUCAGGUUUUCGUUGUGGGACCAAUUUUUUUAUCUAAAUAUUGAAAAAUUUUAAAACUUUUAGCAAUUCUUGCAUUUUUAUUGCCGUUUUUACCAAUUUACAAGAAAAAAUCAAAUCAGGGCAAAACAUCAACAAACUGGAAAUUCAGGUUUUCGUGGUGGGACCAAAAUCUUAUGUAAAAUGUUAGAAAAAUUAAAAUUUGGACAAUUCUUGCACUUUUGUCAUUGUUUUUAUAUUACUUUUUAAGAAUUUUAUAACGAACACAUAAAAAGAUGACAUAUCAGGUUUUCGUGUUGGGACCCAUGAUUUUUAAAAAUUUCACGCUUUAUUGUUUUUUGUUGCCAUUUUGACAUUUUUACACUAUUGUAUUGCUAUAUUUUAAAGAAAAAUUUGUUUAAAGUCUAAAACCGGAAAUAUCAGGUUUUCGUGGCGGGACUCAAAUUUUUUGAAAAUUAGCUAAAUAUUGAAGUUAUGGCAAAUUUGACUUAAAAGUCGACAUUUAUGACAAGAUUUAAAAUUUUUCAAAAUUCUUUUUGAAAAUACAAGUAAAAUUUUAGCCAUGAACAGUAGCUACCUGAACGAACUGAUAGAACAAGCCAUGUUAUGGACGGAUUUCUACACAAAUGGCUCAUUACUAGUUCCAAUGACAUGUUGGAUUCCACCGCCCAAAAUGAAACAAGUUGUCAGUUUUGAAGUACCAUUCCAGGCUACAAAACCAAUCUUACAUCCAACUUGUAAUCAUCAACACUUACUGAUAACUGGUGAUAAUGCUGCACCAGGCGUGAUUUACAUGUACCAUAUUGCUUCUCAGGUCCUUUUUAAAACUUUUAAAGGUGGGUUUAACGAUAUUUUUUGAAUUUUUAAGCUUGUGACCGAUUUUGGGGCAUUUAGAAAAAGUGGAAGCUGAGUGGAAGAUUUGUUAUGUAUUUUGCACUGAAAAUCUUCCACUCAACUUCCAUUUUUAAAAAGUCUUAAAAUGGCUUAAAAAUGAGUUUUUGCCAUUUUUUAGAUGUGGAAAUUAGUUGGAAGAUUUUCAGUGCAAAAUACAUUACAAAUCUUCCACCAAACUUCCACUUCUAAAAAUUUUUAAAAACGUGUUUUUAGGCCAUUUUAAGAGUUUUUGAAAGUGGAGAGAUUAAAAUUCCACUUCUAAAAAGUGUCAAAAACUCAUUUUUAGGCAAUUUUAAGAGAUUUUAAAAAUGGAAGUUGAGUGGAAGAUUUUCAGUGCAAAUUACGUAACAAAUCUUCCCCUCAGCUUCCACUUUCAAACCUUUGAUUUUUAAACGGGUAUUUAUUAAAAAUAAGCUUUUUGGGGAAUUUUUAGGCAUAAAAUCAAAAUUUUUGCCAUUUUCAGCUCACACUGACCGGGUAACCUCAUUUCAAACAUCAUCAGAUGGCACUUUUUUCACUUCCACGUCGUGCGACACGACUGUUCGUGUCUGGUCGAUCCUCAACGUAUGUUUUUUACGGAAGUUUAAUGAAAAGGCCAAGUUUUACAACAACGAAGUUGUAAGUUGGGGUGGAUAUAUGAAAAAAAAUUAAAAAUGUAAAAAAAAAUUUUUUUUUGUUAUAAAAGUUUUGAGAAAAUGGCAUUCCACUUCUGAAAAGUGUCAAAAACUCAUUUUUAGGCCAUUUGAAGACAUUUUGAAAAUGGAAGUUGAGUGGAAGAUUUUCAGUGCAAAAUACAUUACAAAUCUUCCACGUAACUUCCACUUCUAAAAAACACUCAAAUUGGUUUUUUGGAUCUGUAAACAAAGUUUUUGCUUCAAAACUUAUUUUUUAAAGUUAAAAGUACAUGUUUCAGUUAGAAUGUUCAAAAACGAUAAAAUGGAGCGAGUCGAAGGUGUUAUGUUCAGCUUUGGCUGAAGAUGAUCGUCGCUUAAUAGUAGGCUCAGCAGAUUCGACUGCCAGAAUCAUAGACCUUGAGACUGGGAAAGUGGUCAAGUCAUUCCCUGACCACAUUGGACCAGUGGUCGAUUUGAAGUUAAUGUCCAAGGACGAGUUAUUGGUUACUGGCAGUGGUGAUUUCGCUGUCAUGGUCUGGGACCUUAACACUGGAAUGGUAGGGUUACUGUAAUUUUGUACAGUAGGCUAGAGAUAAGAUACUGUAAGAUAUAACUGAGGCUUGUCGUAGUAUUCGUAGAGUUAAGACUAAGGAUAAGGCCAGGCUUAAAUUUAUAAAAUUAAAAAUUAUAGGUAAUAACAAAGAUGGUAGGACUAAUGGCCCCAGUAACAUGCCUUACUGUAACUUCCAAUGACGCAUUCUUGGCUGUAGCAUGCGAAGAUGAAACGCUACGGGUCUUCAGCACAGUUUCUACUCAAGAGCUUCAUGAACUUUCGGUAAGAUUAAGCCAAACACAAUUUUUUUUGGCGUGGAAGUUAAGUGGAAGAUUUGUAAUGUGUUUUGCACUAAAAAUCUUCCACCCAACUUCCAUUUUUAAAAUGUCUUAAAAUAGCCUAAAAAUGACUUUCUGACCAUUUUUAAGAGUGGAAGAUUGGUGGAAGAUUUUUAGUGCAAAAUACAUUACAAAUCUUCCACCCAACUUCCACUUUUUAAAAAUAAAAUAUCUGGUUUGACAGACUUAAAAAUGAAUUUUUAGGGUCACGACAGUCGUGUAAAUGCGUUAUGUUCAACAAUAGAUGACUGUAAAUUGUUCGCCGCAACAACGAAGAAGAUCGUAUGUUAUGAUGUACAUAACGGCCAGAUAUUAGAGCUACUGGAAUGCUCUCAGAAAUUGCCUGUUACUUCUUUGAAGGUUGGUAUUUAUUUAUAUUUGGACCAAACUUGGAGGGAAUAACACAAUUUUACAAAUUAAGAAAGUGGAAGCUGAGUGGAAGAUUCGUAAUGUAUUUUGCACUGAAAAUCUUCCACUCAACUUCCAUUUUCAAAAUGUCUUAAAAUGGCUUAAAAAUGACUUUUUGACACUUUUUAGAGGUAGAAGUUUAGUGGAAGAUUUUUAGUGUAUUUUUCACUGAGAAUCUUCCACUCAACUUUCAUUUUAAUUUUUUCAUUAAUUUAGGUUUAUAAUGGCAUUAUUUAAAUAAAAACUGUUUUCACUGGUAUUUUAUGAGAUUAAAAAGGCAUUUUUGAUGAAAUUUUUUAAAAAGCUCAUUAAGAAAUGGCACAAAACUUCAUUUUCAGAUCAGUGAUGACAAUUCCUUCCUAUUAGCCUCAUGUGGCAGUCGAAUGCACAUGUGGGAUGUCAACUCAAUUGAGAAUGAGCCAAUGGUGAAUUCGGCUGCUUCUUUGAUUUGUAUGAAGUUGGCACCAGACGAGCGGACUGCAGCAUGUGGUACUGAAGAUGGAGUACUAGCUGUAUGGGACCUGGAUGGUUGUAGAUGCUUGUGGACGGUAGGGGAAUUGAAUUUUGAUUUUUCUAGACCAAAAAAUGUGGUUCUGUAUUGGAAAAAGGCGAAGAACUUGUUCGUAGGCUUGAAAAUGGCAAGAUUUAGAAGUGGAAGUUUUUUUUGUAAUUUGCGCUGAAAAUUUUUCACUCAACUUCCAUUUUCAAAAUGUCAUAAAAUGGCCUAAAAAUGACUUUUUGACACUUUUUGGAAGUGAAAGUUAGGUGGAAGAUUUUUAGUGUAUUUUCCACUGAAAAUCUUCCACUCAACUUCCACUUUUUAAAUUUGAAAUUUGGCCGGCUUAUAGGCUAAAAUAUGGUAUGAAACGUUUUGGUGGGGAAUAAAAUGGCAAGAACUUUCUUUACAAAGCAAAAAAUUGCAAGAACUUUCUUUACAAAACAAAAAAUGGAAAAAACUUUAUUUCCAGACCUCGCAACAAAAGUCCGGCGCCGUAACAGCGGUCGAAUUCACGGUUGAUAGUAUGUUCGUCCUCUCAGGCAGUGCUCAAGGCUCAAUAACAAUGUGGGAGACUUCGAGUGGGCAGUUGACGAAGCAAUUCGAUCUUCACAACGAAGCCAUCGUGGAGAUCGUAUGCUUCACGGACGGCAACAACGUGCUCACGGUGGACAGGAACGAUGCUGCUUUCAUUUGGUCACUAUCGUCUUCGGAAGACCCUAGUCAAAUUGAGAUAUUGUCAUCGUUCACGGCGGUUAGAGCACCAGUGUUCGUGAGGUUGGAGGAUAGUGUCAUCAUAUCGUAUAAUACUCAGAAUAUCAAGGAGUAAGUGGUGGUAAAAGGAAUUAAAAGGGGGUUAUUUUAGGGUGAAAAGGGCAGGUUGGGUACUGUAGGGUGAAUAAAAAUUUAAAUUUUAUAUCGAAAACUUUGUUUACAGAACAAAACUGAAUACUUUUUUAAAAAUGGAAGUUGAGUGGAAUAUUUGUAAUGUAUUUUGCACUGAAAAUCUUCCACUCAACUUCAAUUUUUAAAAUGUCUUAAAAUGGCUUAAAACUGACUUUUUGACACUUUUUGAAAGUGGAAGGUAUGUGGAAGAAUUUCAGUGCAAAAUACAUUACAAAUCUUCCACCCAAAUUCCACUACUAAAAAGUCUCAAAAACGUGUUUUUAGGUUAUUUUAAGACUUUUUUAAAAUGAAAGUUUGGUGAAAGAUUUUUAGUGCAAAAUUCAUUACAAAUCUUCCACUCAACCUCCACUUUUUUAAACUGCUAUUUAUAUUGUUUAUGACUUAAAAAUAGGUAGGAAGUUAUUUUUGGGUCUAGAAAAUGUAAAAAAUUAACUUUGUGGUGUGUAAAAUGGCAUCGAAAUUUUAAAAAAUUCCAGAGUAAACGUCUGGACCCAGUACGAUGCAGUAUUAACCAUAAAAACCAAAGCCCAUCAUUCUGGUGACAUUACUUGCUAUCAUGCUAAUCAAACUGGUACCACCUUCGCUACUGGUUCAGCCGAUAACUCUUUAAAGAUCUGGAGAGUAGAUACUGGCUUCCUGACUCAAGUACUGGUUGGGCAUGACAAUGUAGUACUAUGCUGCUAUUGUAGUCACGAUGGCAAGUCGGUGGCGUCUGGAGGCAAAGACAAACAGGGCUUCGUAUGGUGCACUCAGACCGGUCAAAGCCGGCUACAGUACACUGCCAAGGGGGCGAUUACCUGUAUACAGUUGACUCAUGAUGGCAGUAUUGUCAUUUCUGGUAAGUUAUUUUAAAUUUUUCUAUAAGAUCUUGGGGUUAAGGUCUUGGGAUGAGGAAAGAAGGGGUGAUUUUUGAAGGUUCUUGGAACUGGAAGUUGAGUGGAAGAUUUGUAAUGUAAUUAGCACUGAAAAUCUUCCACACACGUUCCACUUCCAAAAAGAGUCAAAAACCCAUUUUUAAGCAAUUUUAAGACAUUUUGAAAAUGGAAGUUGUGUGGAAGAUUUUUAGUGCAAAUUACAUUACAAAUCUUCCACUCAACUUCCACUUUUUAAAUAGCUCUAAAACUGCUCAAAAGCUCAUUUUUUUAUUUUAGGUGACGAUGCUGGCUGGAUAGAAGCCUACUACGUUCCGACGCAACAACUUUUGUCUAGUUUUAACGCUCAUCGACCAGUCGAAGGACUCUUGAUAUCAAUGGAAGCUCAUCGUAUUUUAGCCAAAUUAGCACAUACUGCCCAAAUGCCGAUUUUGUGUUUGCAUAACACGCCGGCCGGUCAAUAUCGAAGUGAGCGGCAUCGAUUGCACACUUUGCUAAGCACUAACAGCCUCACAAGUAGGUAAUGACACACCUUUUCCGAUUUCCUGCACUUUCCGAUACUAACAUUGAUGUUGUACUGUAUCUUAUGUGUUGUACUGUAGAGCAGUAAGGCAAGACAAAGUGUGCUAAUUGGGUUACAACAAGCGUAGAGUAGGAUAGAGUAGGAUAGGGUAGGGUAAACCUACCAAGCUUAAGCCCACUAAGCCUAAACCUACUAAGCCUAAGCCUACUAAGUCUGAGCCUACUAAACUUAAGCUUACUAAACCUAACUUACUAAACCUAAGCCUACUAAGCCUAAGCCUACUAGCCUAAGUCUACUAAGCCCAAGCCUACUAAGCCUAACCUUACUGUGUGUUUUGUCUCUAUUACUGUACCUCACCUUUCUCUAUACUACCAAGAACCAGUACAAUUAGUACUAACGAAAAGUUUUAAGCCGGAAAUGAGGAGACGGUUUCCCUAACCAACUUCCAACGUCCACGCUCAUCGGUCGGUGAUAUAGCCGCCCAAAAUCGACCAGCAACUACAGUAAUCAAUGUUAUGGAAAUUAAGCACGACACUGUAGUCUCAAAUGUUUCCAAUGGUAGUAAGCCAGACAAAAACGGUCGAAAAUCGAAUGUUUUGGAGAAAAGUCAAUCGAGUACUGUGUCGGCUUCUGGAGAUACAAAGACUUCUACGAGCAAUACUACGGCGGUGGCUAAGAAAUCAAAGGCUUGUAAUGUACUAUAG